CUGACUCAGAAGUUAAAGAAGAAGAAGCAGAGACCGUAAUUUUUCCACGACUCAACCUAGCGAUUUAACAAGCCAUUCGAGCCGCAAUUGAGUCUUUAGCCAGACGGGAAGCAUUUAGAUCGUGUGUAACAGAGUGCGGCAACUUGGAAGCGGUGCAUCCCAAGAAAUCGCAGUACGAAACGGCCCCGAAAACCGCUGGCCCAGCCCCAUUAUAAACACUGAGGAGGGGUGGAGAUUGAAGAUUGGAGAGCGGAGCGGAGCGAGAAGAGAGGUCAGCAAACCCGUAAUUAAGAAAAAGUAGACACGUACGUUGAGGAAGAUGUCAUCCGGAGAUUUUGGCAAUCCGCUGCGGAAGUUCAAGCUCGUCUUCCUGGGCGAGCAGAGUGUGGGCAAGACCUCGCUGAUUACGCGCUUCAUGUACGACAGCUUCGACAACACGUACCAGGCGACGAUCGGGAUUGACUUCCUAUCGAAGACCAUGUACCUGGAGGAUCGCACUGUGCGCCUGCAGCUGUGGGAUACGGCGGGACAGGAGAGAUUCCGCUCGCUGAUACCCUCGUACAUACGCGACUCCACGGUGGCAGUGGUCGUUUACGAUAUCACCAACACCAACUCGUUCCACCAGACCUCCAAGUGGAUCGAUGACGUGCGCACGGAGCGGGGCAGCGACGUCAUCAUCAUGCUAGUGGGCAACAAGACGGAUCUCUCCGACAAGCGUCAGGUGUCCACCGAGGAGGGAGAGCGCAAGGCGAAGGAGCUUAAUGUGAUGUUCAUCGAGACAAGCGCCAAGGCCGGCUACAAUGUGAAGCAAUUGUUCCGACGGGUGGCCGCGGCACUGCCCGGCAUGGAUUCCACGGAGAACAAGCCCUCCGAGGACAUGCAGGAGGUUGUGCUGAAGGACUCACCCAACGAGACAAAGGAUCCCGAGGGUGGCUGCGCCUGCUAGAACCGGUUGAGCCGACGAUCCAACCAUCCUCUCCCCCUUUUCAACAGCAGGAGCAGAUGCAGAUGCAGGAGAUCGGCCAGCAGCACUGGUGUACACAGGUGUCAGGUGUAUGUACUGGCCGGAUCUGCGGCGGAUUCCUCAACAUCUAUACACACAUACACACUUUACGUUUAAGUUUAUUUAUAAAGUAACAAAUGAUAGCAAAGGCAAAUAGACUAAACAACAAUUAACGAAAUCGGCUAACUAAUUACUGUUAAUUGAGGAGCUAAUCCCGAGCGCAGGCGAGUGCGAAUGCUAAUUCAUUGACACGAGAUCAGGGAUCAAGAUCAGAGUAAUAUUUGCGAGUUAGCUACCAGACAAGAAUAUAGUGUUGUGCAUUUCCGAUACCCCCUAAACCCCCAAACGAAAAAAACCCAAAACCAUGUACUUAUGUCAGGCCAGGCGGUCCCAGGAUCCUCCGACAUUCCAGCUCUCGGCAUCUCCAGCAGCCGUAGAUACCACGCAGCCAGUCUGUGUUCAAUGAUUGCACCAGCCAGGCAUUUUGUUUCCAAUUUUAGACCCCGUUCUGUUCUGUUUGCGGCUUUUGUUUCGCCAGUUUUGGUUAGGAUUUCGGUUUUUUUUUUUUAGCACAGCGAUCGCGACUGCUAACUGGAACUGUGGAUGGCAUAGGACUUGGCCACGUGCAUCUUAUGAAUAAAUAUACACAAAUAUAAAAUAUGUAUUUUUAUGACUAACACUGAAACAGAUAAGCAGAGCACGAGCAGAGCAAACACUUAACAAUAUUAUUAACGAUUUUUGCUUCGAUUAGCGAGAGAACUUUGUGCAUUUUUUACGCGAAAAGCAAAAGCUUACAAAAUUGAUAAUUGAAUAAAAACAUAAACUAUG